GUACGCCGUCGCCUAGUCAUCACGUCGUUUCCUCUUCCCGGAUCAAGCAGGAGUGGGCCACCCGGCUGGUCAGAUGCUCUGACAGAUGAGAAGCUCCAUAUGAAGGCCGGGCAGACGGGUCAGCUGGAGGUGGAGAAUGCCCAGCUAAAUGCUGAGCUGGAGAGGGAGCGCUCCAACCAGGCUGUUCACGCCACUACUUGGGCUGCGCAGAAACCAGAGAAGUUUGCUGCCUGGGCACUUUCUAACCGGGAGGUCGGCAUCCGGUUCUUCCAAGUGUCUCAGCAACUGAUUGAUGACAUUGGGAUCUUUGGGUUUGGGAUCAGUUAGUACCAAAAGCACCGUGGGCUGUACGGGAUCUUAAGCAACCGGCUGCAGGAUUUUGACCCGGUCGUUCGAACUCACAAUCUCUUUGGUCACGAUCGAGCUGUAUCUACCCAGUCUAACGCAUCUCACCAUUCUUUCUACCCGAGUAAGAAAUAAGCCACCCGGGUGGGUUUUGACAGAGCAUGCCCGGGCUAUGCUUCAAAGUUGAUCAUGUGAGUCAUUUCUUCCUUCACCCAGGUGAAUAAGAGCUCUAGUCCUCC